AUGCACGAAGACAAGAUCAACAAUCUCAAAGACCCAGACAAUCAAAACAAACUUCUCGAAGUUUUUACCAAAACUAUUCUUGUUGAAAUUAUCAUAAUCAAUCUCGUUCUCGAAGUAGAGAUAAUUACAGAAACAGAAGUCAGUCACAAGACAGAAACCUUUAUAGAUUUGACCAAGCCUCUUCUUGAGAACAUAGUAGAGAAAGGUCUUACAGACCUUUCAACCGAUCACCCUUUUCCUAUUAUCGCAAU